AUGACUGGAGGCAAAUCCGGAGGCAAGGCCAGCGGUGCCAAAUCUAGCGCUCAGAGCCGUUCCUCCAAGGCCGGUCUCGCAUUCCCAGUCGGUCGUGUCCACCGUCUUCUGAGGAAGGGCAACUACGCACAGCGUGUUGGUGCUGGCGCCCCCGUCUACCUCGCAGCCGUCCUCGAGUACCUGGCAGCUGAGAUCCUCGAGUUGGCUGGCAACGCCGCUCGUGACAACAAGAAGACCCGUAUCAUUCCCCGUCAUCUGCAGCUCGCCAUCCGCAACGACGAGGAGUUGAACAAGCUUCUCGGCCACGUCACCAUCGCCCAGGGCGGUGUCUUGCCCAACAUUCACCAGAACCUCCUCCCAAAGAAGACCACCGGCACCAAGGGCGCUUCCGGCCCCAGCCAAGAACUGUAG